CGACAGUUUGUGAAAGUAGGUGGUAUUUUUGUCAGAUGACGUGGAAAAUGGUUAUGUUUCAGAUAGAGUUACACCUCUAGCUGGCUAAUACAGUAUUGCUUGCCAAAGUUACCACAAAACUAAAAAUUAUCAUUCAAUUUUGCUGUCAUAGUUGACAGUGACAUUUUGAAUUAGAUCUUUCUCAAUUAUUUAUUCUGUGAUUUACCUGUUCAAUAAGAACUAGGUGAAGAUACCGAUUUUUUCAAUUUUCUACAAUUUUUAUUAUCCAUAUUCCAAAUAAGAUGGCCGCUCUUCGAUCAGUCUCUCGUCUGCUGACCCGGAGAUGCCUCGGCACGACACUCAAAAGAGGAUAUGCGGAUGAAAUGAGUUUUACAUUUGCUGCUGGGAAUCAGGUGUAUUAUGAUGGCCAGUCAGUAAGGCAAGUAGAUGUUCCAUCAUUCUCAGGCAGUUUUGGUAUUCUGCCUGCCCAUGUACCAACUUUAGCUGUUCUCAAACCUGGAGUAGUUUCAGUUUUCGAGAAUGAUGGUAAAGUCAACAAAAUCUUUGUCUCCAGUGGAACAGUUACCAUUAAUGAUGAUUCGUCAGUACAGAUUCUUGCAGAAGAAGCACAUCCAGUAGAAAAUUUGGACCCUGCAGCUGCUAGAGAGGUUUUGAACAAAGCACAGAGUGAGCUGUCAUCUGCCACAUCUGAACAGGUUCAAACAACAUGUACAUAACUGUACUUUUAGUUGGAUUCAAGUCUAAACAGAUAUGACGUGAUGCUUUGGCGAAAGCAGAAGCAUUGAUUGCUGUAGAAGUAGGAGAAGCGUUGGUCAAGGCUGUGGAGUAGACUGUAAUCUAAAUUUGUAAAUGCUACGUAUUUGUUAAUUACUGUAAUAAAAAUGUAAAAUAUACAUGUUUUCUUUUUCUAA